ACUUUCUCCUUAAGUUCUAUAAAUAUAUUUCAUCACUUCAUAGACUCACCAACCAACAACACACUACCAACUCACCAUUGGAUCUACCUAUCUCUCACCUUCUUCUCCAUUGAUCCGUUUCUCUCUCUAACGGAAGGAUUUGUGUUGAACAUUUAAGAAGAACCAAUGGCACGCAAGAAGAUUAGAGAGUAUGAUUCUAAGAGGUUGUUGAAGGAGCAUUUUAAGAGAAUCUCUGGACAGGACUUACCAAUUAAGUCUGCACAAGUUAUAGAAUCUACUGAUGUCAAUGAGCUAGUAAAGAAGGAACCAUGGCUUUCAUCUUCAAAAUUGGUUGUGAAACCUGACAUGCUAUUUGGAAAACGUGGCAAAAGUGGUUUGGUUGCUUUGAAUCUGAAUUUGGCUGAAGUUGCUACUUUUGUGAAAGAGCGUCUUGGAAAAGAGGUGGAGAUGAGUGGAUGCAAAGGACCUAUAACAACUUUCAUUGUUGAACCUUUCAUUCCACAUAAUGAAGAGUUUUACCUUAACAUUGUCUCAGAGAGACUAGGGAACAGUAUAAGCUUUUCUGAGUGUGGAGGAAUUGACAUUGAAGAGAACUGGGAUAAGGUUAAGACUGUAUUUAUUCCAACAGGGGAAUCUUUUACAUCAGAGAGUAUUUCUCCACUUAUUGCUACCCUCCCCAUGGAGAUCAAGGGAGAAAUUGAGGAUUUUCUCAAGGUGAUUUUCAAUAUAUUUCAAGAUCUGGAUUUCACAUUCUUAGAGAUGAAUCCUUUCACUCUGGUCAACGGAAAGCCUUAUCCUUUGGAUAUGAGAGGAGAGUUAGAUGACACUGCUGCUUUCAAGAACUUCAAGAAAUGGGGAAACAUUGAAUUUCCAAUGCCAUUUGGAAGGGUUAUGAGUCCUACCGAAAGUUUCAUUCAUGGAUUAGACGAAAAGACAAGCGCGUCUUUAAAAUUCACCGUGCUAAACCCAGUGGGCCGAAUUUGGACUAUGGUAGCUGGAGGAGGUGCCAGUGUAAUCUAUGCUGAUACGGUAGGAGAUCUUGGUUAUGCCCCAGAGCUUGGAAAUUAUGCAGAAUACAGUGGUGCACCAAAGGAAGAUGAGGUCUUGCAGUAUGCUAGAGUUGUAAUUGAUUGUGCAACUGCAAAUCCUGAUGGCCAAAAGCGGGCCCUUGUGAUAGGAGGAGGAAUAGCUAACUUCACUGAUGUGGCAGCUACAUUCAGUGGCAUAAUUCGAGCUCUAAAGGAGAAGGAACAAAAACUAAAAGAAGCAAAUAUGCACAUCUAUGUGAGGAGAGGAGGUCCUAACUACCAAAGGGGUCUUGCAAAAAUGAGGGCACUUGGAGAAGAAAUUGGCAUUCCUAUUGAGGUUUAUGGACCUGAAGCAACAAUGACUGGUAUAUGCAAACAAGCAAUUCAAUGCAUCACUGUUUCUUCUUAAUUAUCAUUUAUCAAUAAACCAAUGCUUUGUGUUAAAGAAUAUUCUGUAGUGAUUAUUGAUUCAUAAUUGUAUUUCCAAUCUACCAGAACUGAGAAAUUUGGUGACAGAGCAUAGAUUGUUGAAAAUUUAAUAAUGUAAUAAAGUGGUCAAGAAUGUUUUGUAUCAUGUAGAAUUCUGAUAGUACAAUCAAGACUCUAUAAAGUGAUAGUGUACUUUGUUUAUGUCAAGUCAAGCUACAAUUUCAUGGUUCUAAGAUUUAUUUUCAUCAUCCAGUAAA